UCUUUUAAAUGAUUCAUUAUUCUGAAUCAAAAGUUGGUAUAAUACCAAAACUAUUGAGAGAUUCCAUCAGUUAUUUACAGUUUUAUCUAAUGAAAAUGGAAGUAGGCAAGAGAAUGGAGAUGUUGGAGAGGAAGUCGUCGAUAGAGACGGAGCCCAUGACAUUGCAUCUCGAUCAAAUAGAACAUGCUCGAGAGGAGGCAUUGUUUGUGAUAAGAACAAAGACAUUUCAGGAAGCUAUGGAUAUUUUCACAAAGGAGACGCAAGAGGGGUUAAGGGCGGAUGAGGAGAAAAGAGGAAGAAGAUGUUUAGAUUUGAAGGAUUAUGAUGAUGAUCAAGACGAGAGAUUAAUCUUUCUUGAUCCUAUUGGUUGGGACAUUGUUUCAGCUCCUUUUUAAUUAAUCCAAGAAACGUUUUUGCUUUGUUUUGGCUUUUAUAUCUUUAUUAGUUUUCAUCUACUCCUUAAAUCUUUCUUGUAAUAUAUCUUUACAUCUGAAGAUGUUUUGUUGAUGAAUACACUGUAUAUUUUAGAA